UGACCUUCAAUGCAAUUAUGAAUUACAAUAUAAGCGUCCAACCGUUCUCAGGCCCCGUACGGACGCGUACCCAUCCUUUCCUGCAUGGCGCCUCCUACAGGAACUACUGGUACUCAACUCGGACGAAGGCAAUGGGCCUUUGCGUUCGCCCUUGUGACUUCCCUAUUCUUUACUUGGGGUUUUGCCUAUGGUCUUCUUGAUGUGCUCAACGCACACUUCCAGACCGUGUUCGGUAUCACCAAGCUCCAGAGCACGCUCUUACAACUGGCAUACUUCGGUGCCUAUUUCGUGUGGGCACCAUUCGCAGGCACAUUUAUGAGACGAGUAGGAUAUAAGAAAGGCAUUCAUAUUGGCCUUGGCUUGUACUCGCUUGGCGCCAUAUUCUUCUGGCCAUCCGCGAAAUACGAAAAGUACGGAGGGUUCGUCGGGAGCACAUUCGUAAUCGGUUGCGGCCUCUCAACACUCGAGGUCGCUGCCAACUCCUACAUAUCUGUCCUUGGAACGCCUCAAUAUGCUGCGGCCCGUUUGAACUUCAGUCAAGGGUUCCAAGGUAUAGCAUCCUUUGCUGGACCUUUGAUCGCUUCGCGCUGGUUCUUCACUGGUGCCAAUGCGACCAGUCUGGGCACUGUCCAAUGGGUCUAUCUCGCAGUUGCUGGCCUCGGCAUAGGACUUAAUAUUUUAUUUUUCUUCUGCGACCUACCUGAAAUCACAGAAGAUGCUUUGGCUGAAGAGAUAGAUGAGGUUGGCAUCACAGAUGCCCAAGGGCCUUUCCGGCAGCAAUAUCGCUGUAUCUUUGGGUUUGUUGCCCAGACUGCCUACGUUGGUGCACAAGUGACCGUCGCCUCUUUCGCCGUCAACUUCCUCGUCGACCAAGGAGUUGGUAUCAACCAAUCAAAGGCUAGCGAGCUCUUUUCGCUCUGCCAGGUCACCUUCACCGUAGGACGAUUUGUUGGUGUAGCGAUACUCAACUUUAUCGACCCUGCCUUAUUACUAUCCUUCUACGGGUUUUGUUGUUCGCUGUUCUGCCUCUUGGUCUCCCAGCUUACUGGGUAUGGUGGUGUCGCUUGUCUCUUCUGCCUCUUUUUCUUCGAGUCCAUUUGCUAUCCCUGUAUAUUCACCCUAGGUACUAAGAACCUCGGAGUGCACACUAAACGGGGCUCUGGUCUUAUUGUUAUGGGUGUCGGAGGAGGGGCUUGGUACCCACCUGCACAAGGUGCCCUCGCCGACAAGACAUACACCCGUCACUCGUAUCUUGUCCCAGCAUCAGGCUACAUCGCCAUGACCAUUUACGCUAUCGGUCUUGUUGUUGACCAGGCGAAGAAGAACGGAUUCUCAAUCCGCAACCGCGAUGAGCUCACCGAGAACUUGAAUCGCGCAGCCGUCGAUGUCUCUUCGACCGGCUCGCUCCCUGGUGAUACGAAAGGACGCUCGAGCAGUGAAAAGAAGAUAUCUAGUGACGAGGUCGCAUGAGAAUGAGGAGCACGUUCACAAUAGAGGAAGAGCAGUAUACUAUGACCUCCUCAGUUAGUGUAACUAUUCACUACCAUCCUCAAAUAUCAUUCGAUGUGCAUGUAUUGUUA